AUGGUGUUCUGUACCUACUGCGGACAGUCCUUUACUCGGGACGAACAUCUCGAACGGCACAUUCUCACUCAUACGAACGUGAAGCCUUUCAAAUGCCUCACUUGCCAUAUGUCGUUCGCUAGACGCAGGGACUUGCUUCAAAGGCAUUAUACCGUUCAUGGACGGGAUGCCAACAAUCAAGAAGGCCUCCCAAACACGGCCAUGAUGCCAAGGACCGCUGGUCGGACACCAAUCGCUUGCUCGAACUGUGCAAAAACUAAGACCAAGUGUGACAAGAAGUUCCCCUGCAGUCGGUGUGCUGGAAGGAAUCUCAAGUGCACUCUAAGACCGACUCGCCGAGUUUCUCGUCAGAAUAUACCCCGAGUCCCCUCUCCGCCAUCUCAACAGACAGCCAUCCCCCAACCUCUGAUUAUGCAGGCAAUUCAGACACACCAAUCACAUUCCCGUCCGGAGAAUACGUUGCCUUCACCAAAGGAAGGGAAAGGGACGAUUGACGGUGCGCCAACAUACUUCGACACCGAUUCACCUGAGGCGACUUCAGCCAUGCUUGCUGGUGUACUCUCCCCAUUGCCGACACCCACGUCCGGCUUUAUUCAACAGACUCCGCUCUCAGGAUACGAAGACUUUAUCGGCACAACUCGCCCUGAUUCCGGGGAUGGUUCAUCCCCUCCAUUCCUAUUGGACUGGGCAUCUGGAAUGCAUAUCCCGGGUGGAUUCGACCCAAUGACGGGAAACAUGAUGUUGACGGGAGAUAUCGGUCUGGAUAUGCACGGAAUGACCGGCACCAGUGCAGCUGAUGGGAUGUAUACCAUGAUCCCCGAGUUCACCCAAGCACUCCAAUCAGUGCAAACGCCGAUUACCACCCCUCCGAUACUUGAGGGUUCCAACUCAACCCCUGGAUCCAACUCUUCCUCAUCCUCUGAACUACCUGCUAUCAUCGCGGCUCAAGAUUCUUGGACCUGUUUUCGGUGUCUCCCCACCACCCCACACCAUAAUUGUCCGAAAACAGCUAGACUGAAUCUGGAAAAGCUAGAGCAAAGCCUUAAGAAUCCAGAAAUUUGGAGCCAAUGGGGCCCUAGUUGGGAUGAGUCUGAGGUGUAUGGUGGUUGCUCGGACUAUCUUCAGGCCGUUGGCUUGCAUGAAUGCACUCGGGACAAGCUUCUCGCGAUCACCCAAAGCUUCCUGCACAAGGCACUCGAAAUUCACAAAGACCCGACAGGGACUCCCAAUCUAUCCAACAUCAACCUCAACGGCGCGGCAUCUCCGGCUCCCGGCACUUCUAACUUCGUUCUUCUACCUCCGGGUCGAAUACUUGAACACCUGCUCCGCAGCUACUCUAACAGUGUCGAACGUUUCUUUCCCUUGACUCCUCGCUCCACUCUCGACUGCAAUGCAUUGUUAUCCCGUCAGGAAACCCCAGAUAAGGCUUCUGCAUUGCUUUUACUCCUCAUGAUCUCCGCCGGCGCUUCGACAUUGCCUAACCCAGAAGCUCGGUUUCUUACUGGUGGACUCGUCGAAGCUUGUCGCAUUAGUCUUUUCGACCUCAUUGAGAAGAACAUCAUCAUGGCAGGAGACUUAACAGUGCUCCACUCGGCGUUGCUUUUCACCAGCCAAGCCGCAUGGUCCGGCGACAAAUGGCAGAUGGAUAUUUCUAUGGGUCAACGUGGUAUGUAUACCGCCAUGUUGAGGCACAGCGGCUAUUUGGACGCUGUUCCGGUUAGCCCAUCCAUUCAAGGAAUGGAUGUCGAGGCGAUUUGGAAGGGUUGGCUUGAGCAAGAGGCCAGAAGCAGACUUAUGUAUUCUUGGGCGAUGAUUGACCAAGAUCUGUCACUGUUCCACGAUACUGCUCCUCUUUUCAAUGUUACCGAGUUCGCGGCCGCCAUGCCAGAUGCAGAGCAUCUCUGGCGCGCCAACUCCGCGGAGGAGUGGUCGACGUUGUUUGAGCAAGUUCACUCCUUUGGUGGCGGGUACUCUUCCGUGGGGUCUGGCGUACGCCCCUCAAGCCUUCGAGACGUAUUUCGCCAGUUCUUAGACGACGAGCUACAGCAAGGCUGCGAGCUUACGCCUCUACACUUCCGUCUCCUUCUGCAUCCCUUGCAAGGGCUCGUGAGCCAAUACUGUCAACUGCUCUCUUACUUCUCCUCGGAAAGUUUAAGUGGCCAACGGCGGCACAGUCGUCCAAUGUCUGCAGCCUCGACUCACGGACGCCUAGAAGAGGUCCAAUCGCUCUUGCAGAGAUGGUACGACUUAGCCAAUGGAUACGUCAAAUCGCAGCCACUAUGCCCAGUGAUGCAAGCCAACCUAGUAUUGUUCCAUCUUAUCUUUCUCAACGCGAUAACCAACUUCCACGAGAUUGAGAAAUUAGCCCGCCGAGAGGCCUUCGACGGAACAUAUGCCCAGCUUGUUUGGCACCAUAAACAGUGCAUAUUUGACGUCGAAGAGGCCAUAGUCCACUGUGGACAAGUGCUACGACUUGUUCGAGGAAUGCCUAGCGCAAUCCGCCCUAUGUGGUGGCAGGCUGCUGUCUAUCGGGCGGGGUUGAUUCUGUGGGCGGAUAGUCUGACCCACACGGAGAACAGUUUGACAACUACACUAGGAAGCAGUGGAAUCUUCGCUAGCGUGGCAGGAUCAACAUUUGCUGUCGAUGUCCUCUCUCUGGAACAUCCGCUUGUCGUAAAAUACCUGACGAAGCGUGAAGGUAUGCCGGCGUUGACAAAGCGCGACGGCAGUACUGUGCUAUUGGAUCAUGCAUACACAGUACUAACGCAUUGCGUAGACAUCAUUGACGAGGGCGUAUCGACUCGAUUCGGAGAUGGGCUCAGGAACAAGCUCGAGAGACUCUCUCGAGGUUGA